UCAAAACAUUGUUAACAAUUUGAUUAAUUGUUAACACUAAUUAAAUAAUAAAUAAAUAAGUAAUAAUUGAUUUCCUUACGAAAAUAAAUAAUCCAUUGAUGUCAAUUUAAAAGAACGCUUAUUAUUAAAUUGUUUAUUAGAAACACAAUUGAAAAAUAUAAAAUUAUUUUUUUUUGGAAUGAAGGAACUGCUUAUAAAUAUUAUCUUAUUAAUUUGUAUAAAUAAUAAUUUAGCAGCCAAUGAACAAUUACUACAUUAUGUCAAUGAUGAAGUAGCAGGUGGAUCUUAUAAAUAUUACAGUUUAAUGUAUGAUGGUAUUAUUAAAAUAUUAUUAGUUUCUCAAAAAGGUGAUACAGAUUUAUAUGUAUCACAAUUAAUUAACAAACCAACAUAUGAAUCAGAUCAAUAUUGUCUUCAAUCAACAACUUGUGGUGAUGAUAUUAUAUUUAUACCAGAAAGUUUCAAAAGACCAGUUAGCAUAGGAGUUUACGGUCAUCCAUCUCAUGAAAUAAGUCAGUACAAUUUAUUUGUGUACCAUGUAGCACUUGGUGCUGACGAAAUAGUAGACGAGCAAAGUACAAUCAACAGUCUUGAGACUAGUGUACCAAAAAAAGUACGAAAAAAGGGAAGAAAAAAUUUUUUUACAUAUUUUUUUAUAGUCAUGUUGCUGUAAAAAAUAUAUUUAAAUACAUCUAUCUUUUCUCUGGGCGCUACUCGACGAUUUAAUUCAAGUAUUCUUAUAACUGUUAAUUAUAUAUGAUCAAUAUGUUGGAAUAUGAAAAUCAAAUGUUUUUGGAGAUACUUCAGGAGGAUGGUCUUGUUAUUUGUGCUAAAGGAUUGGGAAUGGAAACAGUUUUUACAAAUAUUUUGAAAGUUUAUUCAGAUCCCGGUAAUUUAGUUAUAGUUCUUGGUACCAUUGAUUAUGAUGAAAAAUAUUUUAUAGAUAAAUUGAAAACAAUGAACGUCAAAUCGUUACCUAAAAUUGUUACUGCUCACAAUACAUCCAAUGAACGUGAAAUAAUGUAUUUAGAAGGAGGCGUAUUAUUUAUAUCUGGUCGUAUAUUAGUUGUAGAUUUAUUAAAAAAUCGUGUACCUCUUAAUUUAGUUACUGGGAUAUUAGUCUAUCGUGCUCAUGGUAUUUUGAAUAGUUACCAAGAAGGUUUUGCAUUACGAUUGUAUCGUCAAAAAAAUAAGACUGGAUUUAUCAAAGCGUUUACCAACUCAGCAUUAGCAUUCACUGUUGGAUUUUCCCAAGUCGAACGGGUUAUGAAGACUCUUUUUGUCAAGGAAUUGUAUCUCUGGCCACGGUUUCACUCAGUAGUGAAUGCCAGUCUCUCGAAGCAUAAACCUGAAGUUAUUGAACUACAUGCUAAGCUUACACAUAAAAUGCAAUUAAUUCAAACAUCACUUUUGGAUCUAAUGAAUUUCAUUGUCAAAGACUUGAAGAGACUGAAUAAAUUUUUGGAUUUCGAUGAAUUAACUGUGGAAAAUGCAAUCGCUAAAAAAUUUCAUAAGCAGUUACAGUAUCAAUUAGAUCCUAUAUGGCAUCAGUUGGGAUCAAGUACUAAACAACUGAUUGCUGAUCUUAAAUUACUUGGAUACUUUCUUACCCAGCUGAGCCAAGAAAAUUCAGUAGCAUUUUAUGCAUCGAUAAAUCGCUUAAGAACGAUGGAAUACGCAAUGAAAGGAAGUGGUUGGUUAAUAUUGGAUGCCGUUGAUGAUUUAUUUACUCACGCAAAAAGUCGAGUUUAUAAUAACAAAAAUGAGUUGAAACCAGAGCCAUGUCCAAAAUGGAAUGCAUUAAAUGAAAUUCUCGGUGAAAUUCGGCUACAAAUAAAUAAGAAAAAAAAUAUAUCUGAUAGUGCCAAGAGAGUAUUGAUACUCGUUUAUGAUACCAGGAUCGCAGUUCAAUUAAAAAAUUAUUUAACAAUGGGCGCUGGUCAAUAUUUAUUGUACGAAGCGAUGAAAUAUUUAAAGAAAAAUGAAAUUGUUAAGCCGAGUGAAAAGGCAAAAGAUAAAAAUGGUAAACAAGAUAAAGACAGUCAAGAAAAAGAUAAAGAAGAUGAAGAAGUAGAAGAUCUUGAUAGUUAUGUCCUAACAUUUUCACAAAAACCACCUGAGGAAGCUAAACAAUCCCAAGAUGAUGAAGAAAAUAAUCAAACAAAUUAUUUUGAAGAAUGUUCCAUGCUUGCGGAUGCUGAUAUAUCAAGUUUAUCUUCAACGACUGAUCCAAUCGUUCUUAUCCAAUCAGUAAAAAGAGGUGGUGACCCAAUGGCACUACAAAGAACUUUACAAGAAACUUUACCUGGUUACAUUGUUAUGUAUGGAGCCGACAUAUCAUCAAUUCGUCAGCUUGAGGUUUAUCAAAACAAUAAUCCAUCGAUUUCAUUAAAAAUAUUUUUUCUUGUCUACGGAGGAUCUGUUGAAGAACAAGGAUACUUAACAUCAUUACGUCGUGAAAAAGAAGCUUUUGAUAAAUUAAUAAAUGCUAAGACGACAAUGGUAAUUCCGACAGAUCAAGACGGAAAAAGUGAAGUUACUUUAACAGUAACUCCUCAAGUUGAACAAAAUACUCGUCAGGGUGGUCUUGAACCGACACCUAAAAUUAUUCCUAAAGUUAUUGUUGAUAUAAGAGAAUUUCGUAGUGAAUUACCGGGUUUAUUACAUAAACGUGGUAUUGAAAUUGAACCUGUUACUAUUGUGGUUGGCGACUAUAUUAUAACGCCAGAAAUUUGUGUAGAGAGAAAAAGUAUUUCUGAUUUAAUAAUGUCAUUAAAUUCUGGUAGAUUAUACAACCAGGCGGUGUCAAUGACAAGACAUUAUGCCAAACCAAUGCUUCUAAUUGAAUUUGAUCAGAAUAAAUCAUUUUGUUUACAAGGAAAUUAUUACGUAAGUCGUGACAUGAAGAGUUCAGAUGUAACAAGUAAAUUACAAUUACUGACAUUACAUUUUCCAAAACUGAAAAUAGUCUGGUCGCCAAGUCCUCAGGCGACUGCACAAUUAUUUGAAGAGUUAAAAGAAGGAAAGCCACAACCAGAUGGACAGACAGCCGCUCAAAUUGGUCUAGAUGAAGACGUUGAAGAUAAAAAAUCAAUGGGUGAAAAAUAUAAUACUCAAAUUCAUGAUUUUGUAGCUAAAUUACCUGGUGUUCAUACUAAAAAUUUACGCAUCAUAUUAGACAAAGGCGAAUCGUUGGACAAUUUGGUUCGUCUCAGUGAGGAUGAAUUGACAGAACUGUUAGGUAAUAAAUCAAAUGCACAAAUGUUAUAUCAAGCGCUUCAUAAAAAAUAUAAACCUGAAGAUACAACGACUAGUGGUGUAAGUAAAGCAGUUACAAAAGUACGUAACAAAGGUCUAUUUUCAUCGAUAAAAAAAUAAAAAUAUUCAAUUAUUUAUUUUUCAUUUUUAUUUUAUUUAAUUAGAAAUUUGCAUUAUUAUUUUUUUGUGUUUGUUUAUACAUAAGCAUGAUUUGUUAAAAUAUAAUUAAUUUUUUUGAGUUUAUAAUCGAUUAUUCGCUAUUGUCU